CACCUUCUCUUAGUCUUAUUCUACAUCGUUUGUCUUCAUUACUGAGGAAAUAGGUUUCUACCCACAACUGGUUGUCAGCGGCCCGCCAGGUUAUUCCUUUCGUUAGUCCAUCGAUAACAUUGACGCAAGAGACGGGCAACAGGACUGGAUUUUCUCACGCUAAGAUACUCCGAGUCUUCAAAUUGACUGACGAUGGAGGAUCUGGACGAAUCCAUUCAGAUAACGCAAGACCAUAUUGAUGGAACCCCUCGAGACCACCCAUUAUGGGCAGCCUACAAAUCUCACCUCGGCAGUCUGCUCCGUAUGAAGCAUGAAUCUACUCACGACAUAGCGAAUCUUGGUGAUGCUAUUCAUGUUACCUUGGAAUCAAUUGAUGCCACACCCCGAGAUCAUCCAAAUCGCGGAGGGCGACUAAGCAACCUUGGGUCUCUACUUGGUGAUAGAUAUGCACAAACGAAAGUCCAAGUCGACCUCGACAAGGCACUGCAAUUUACACACGAGGCUCUUCAAUCGACUUCAAAAGAUCACCCCAAUCACACAGUUUGCCUGAUCACCCAUAAACAACACUGGCUUGGUCAAUUGGGAAAUCUCUCCUGCGAGGCUGCAUCCGUAGCGUUAUUGGCUGGCCAUGGGCCCCUAACUGCUUUGAACUUCCUUGAGCAGGGUCGGGGCAUUCUUACUACAUCCAUUGAGGGAAUGCAAUCCGACAUCUCGGAGCUUGAGAGGAAAUACCCAGCCUUGGCAGAAAGGAAUGUCGAUUUGACAGUCUCUGAUCAACAGUCCAACCCUGAUGAAUAUUUUACCCAACUCAUUGCCGAGAUCCACACCAAGCCUGGUUUUGAGGACUUUCUGCUCCCUCCAAGUGCAUCCGAGAUCCGCAACGCAGGACAAUACGGUCCAAUCGUUGUCAUAAAUAUCAGUCUCCAGCGUUGUUUUGCGAUAAUUGUUGACCAGCAUAGCGAACGACUCGUAACCUUGGAUAAGUUCAACAAAGAAGAGUUGAACAGCAACCUUGGGUUUGUUGAACCUCCGCUCGGAAAUGGCUGGCCACACAUAUGGUGGAUACCAACAGGUACUCUUUGCAGAUUUCCCCUGCAUGCGGCUGGCUAUCACUUUACUGCAGAUUCCGACACCGUGUUGGAUAGAGCAAUGUCUUCCUACAGUUCUUCCAUCAAGGCGAUAAUAAGUGCUCGUCGCGCAUCUGUUCUGCCGCCGUCUAUUCCGACAAAAGCGCUCUUUGUUGCUAGGGAGCAUAGACCAGGAAGUUCGACUCUUCAAUUUGCGCCACAGGAAGUCGCCACUGUCCGUCAACUAUGCGCGUCGAUGAAUAUCAGUCACCUCGAGCCGCGAAAAUGCAAGAACGAAAUUCUAUCAGGGUUACAGGAAUGCGGAAUCUUUCACUUCGCAGGACAUGGUCGCACUGACGAAAACGACCCAUUUACAAUCCAAUUGAUGCUAGAAGACGGAAAGAGAGAUUCAUUGACAGUCACCGAUCUCAUGAAUCUGAAACUUCGGAAGCAGAAUCCAUUUCUAGCUUACUUAUCAGCUUGCGGAACGGGCAGACUCGAGGAUCAGGUGUUUUCCGAUGAAAGCAUUCAUCUAAUUGGAGCAUGUCAGAUGGCAGGCUUUCGCCACGUCAUAGCCACAUUAUGGGAAGUCAAUGACAAACUCUGCGUGGAUAUGGCGAGGAUUUUCUACGAAGGCCUGCGAGACGGCGGCAUGACUGAUGAAUCAGUGUGUCUGGGGCUUCAUAAGGCAACCAGAGCUCUUCGAGACCGCCAGUUGAACACCCAGGCACAAGGAGCAGAAGAGAGGGAGCACAUGGGGACAUCGUCUAGAUAUGACAAGGGACAUGGCUGCAAUGAAGGACAUGGAGCUACAGGGAAAGAUCGUCUACCGCGGCAUGUUCUUGUCGAAGAGGAAGAUGACGAUGAACCCUUACUUUGGGUCCCGUAUGUGCAUUUCGGCGUUUAAGAUAUCACUAAUCAGUGACUG